AGAAAAGAAAGAAAGAAAGAAAGAAAGAAAGAAAGAAAGAAAGAAAGAAAGAAAUCGAGGACUUCUACGCCUCCCUCUCCUCUCUCUUCUUCUUUUUUUUUUUUUUUUGACUACUUUCUGCUGGAGAUUGAGACGUAUUGAUAUUUUCUCUAAAUAUUUAUAUAUAUCUAUAUCUAUAUACAUAUAUAUAUUUCCCCCGCCGUCCCUUGCCUUUAGGAUUAUAAUUCCGAUCGUAAUCCCGCCAUGGACGAAAGCGGGGUACCCCGGAGCAUCUGGGAUGGAGACGCCAAAGCCGUCCAGCAAUGCCUGACGGACAUUUUCACCAGCGUCUACACCACCUGCGACAUCCCGGAGAACGCCAUCUUCGGCCCCUGCGUGCUCAGCCACACCUCGCUCUACGACAGCAUCGCUUUUGUCGCGCUCAAGUCCACGGACAAGAGGACCGUCCCUUAUAUAUUCCGGGUGGAUACCUCGGCGGCCAACGGCUCCUCCGAAGGCCUGAUGUGGCUUCGCUUGGUCCAGUCGGCUCGGGACAAAGAGGAGCAAAACCUGGAGGCCUACAUCAAGAACGGACAGUUGUUUUACCGCUCCCUGCGGAGGAUUGCCAAAGACGAGGAGUUGUUGGUGUGGUACGGGAAGGACCUGACCGAGCUGUUGCUGCUCAGCCCCUCGAGGUCCCAGAGCAAAAUGAAAGCUUCGUCUCCGCACACCUGCCUGGACUGCGGCCAGCGUUUCCAAUUCGAAUUCCCUUACGUGGCUCACCUGCGGUUCCGCUGCCCCAAGAGGUUGCCCGGAGCGGACAGCAGCCCAGCCGAGGACCCCAACCCCAAAAACAGCAGCCCCAAGGAGCACGAAGGCGCCGGCAAGUUCCACGGCAAACAGGUCGGGGGUCAGCCCCAGAUCCAGCCCCCCACUCACCGCCACCACUACCACUGCGGCCCGGACAGCAACGGCGGGGUAACCAAGCCGUCCACGGACUUCCACAAUUUGGCCAGAGAGCUGGAAAACUCGCGACCCAGCAACGGCAGCGGGUCUCCCCCCGGUAGCCGGGAGCAGCCGGCGUCCAGCCUCGACGGCCACGCCAGCCCCGGAGCCAAAGCUAAAAGGAAAUACUCCGGAGGAGACACGCUGGCCGAAGAGCGAGGCUCGUCGGGGGGCCGCGGGCGCUUGGAGAGACCGAUCCCUUCGUCGCCCAAGGAGGAGCUGGUUUGCACCCCGCAGCAGCAAUACCGGCCGGCGGGGAGUUACUACGGCUUGGAUGACGCCAGCCGCCUCUACCGGCCGCCCAGCCCGGAUACCGGCGAUGCCAAGAGAAGCGCCUUCGUGGAGGUGAAGAAAACCACGCGCGGCGUGGAGAACGGAGCCGGAGGGGACGAGGAAAAAGAGCGUGGAUCCCCGGCAAGCGGUGCCUCCUCCGCCUCGGACAAGCCUAACCCUCUGCCCUCGCUGCUGGGCGGCCGCUCCGGAGGAAGCGCCUUCUCCACCGUGCCCUCCUCGCAGCCCUCCGGCGGCGCGGCCAACCCGGAGGAGCGCAAAAGCGCUUUCUCGCAGCCGGCGCGCUCCACUUUCUCUGCGCAGCUGGUGCUGGGACAGAAGCUGAGCGCGCUGGUGGAAGGAGGAGGAGGAGGAGGUGGAGGAACUGGAGGAGGAGGAGGAGGAGGCUGCCACCCGGGCGCAGAAGGAGCCGCGCGUCUUUACGCAUCGGAGCCGCUCAAGCUAUCCGGUGCGCCUGGAGAGCUUGGCAACGGAGCAGGUGCGCCUGGAGGAACAGGAGGAGGAGGAGGAGGAGAAGGAGCCGGCGGAGGGGUCGGGCCAGGAGGAGGAGGAGGAGGAGGAGGCGGUGGUCUCCCCAAGCAGAGCCCCUUCCUCUACGCCACCACCUUCUGGCCCAAGAGCUCGGCGGCGGCCGUGGCCGCUGCGGCCGCUGCUGCGGCGGCCGGCCCUCUCCAGCUCCAACUGCCUUCGGCCCUGACGCUGCUGCCUCCCUCCUUCACCUCGCUGUGCCUGCCGGCUCAGAACUGGUGCGCCAAGUGCAACGCCUCGUUCCGCAUGACGUCCGACCUGGUGUACCACAUGCGCUCCCACCACAAGAAGGAGUACGCGCUGGAGCCGCUGGUGAAGAGGCGGCGGGAGGAGAAGCUCAAGUGCCCCAUUUGCAACGAGUCCUUCCGCGAGCGCCACCACCUCUCGCGGCACAUGACCUCGCACAACUGAACCCACCCGCACCCCACGCACCCACCCACCCACUCGGCGCUGCUGCGCUUGCACCCGGGAUCCUAAACCCCACACGCACACGCGCCCUUCGCUUAUGCAGCUGGCGCCUUUGCUCUUUUUUUUUUUUUGCAAGGGUUGCGUGGGCUGGCGUGGUGCUUUUUUGGCAAGGCGUGGACCAAAGGACCCAGGUGGAUCCCAGAGGGAGGAGGAGAUCGCGGUUUAUUGAAAUGCGUGGUGGAAAAAGCCAGGGGUGUGUGUGUCUCCAACCUUGGCAACUUUUAAGACUUGGGUAUCUACGAGACCGCCUUCUGCCACCGAUAGCCUUCCAUCGACCAGUACGCUCCCACAGAGAGGGGCUCCUCCGGGUGCCGUAGGCUAGACGACCCCCAGGGGGAGAGCAUUCUCUGUGGGGAGCCCCCACCCUCUGGAAGGAGCUGCCCCCGGAGAGAUUCGCAGGAUUCCCGACCUGCGCGCCCUAAAAACAUUAUUAUUCCAACAAGCAGGGCUGGCCUAAAUAAUAAUAAUAAUAAUAAUGUGUUUACUAUUUUAAUCGGAUUGUUUUAUUAGAAUUUUCAGCCAAUUGAUUUAAUUGUUUUUUUUUUUAAUUGAUUUAUAUGCCGCCCUUCUCCAGAGACUCAGGGCGGCUUACAAGGCGUUAGCAAUAGCCUUCAUACUUUUGUAUAUUUAUACAAAGUCAGCUUAUUGCCCCCCACAAACUGGGUCCUCAAUUUACCUACCUUAGAAAGGAUGGAAGGCUGAGUCAACCUUGAGCCUUGGCGAGAUUCGAACCUGCAGUAAUUGCAGGCAGCUGUUCUUAAUAACAGGGUGCUUUAGACCACUGUACUACCAAGGCUCUUUUUAAAUUUUUAAAUUUAAAAUUUUAAGUUUUAAAUUGUUUUUAAAAUUUUUAUACUGUCAUGGUUUUAUUUUUGGCUGUACACCGCCCUGAGUCCUUCGGGAGAAGGGCGGUAUAGAAAUUUAAUAAAAUAAUAAUAAUAAUAAUAAAUAAGCCUUGUGGACUUGCAACUCCCACGAGUCUUAAAAAGUUGCCAAGGUUGGAGAUGGAGACCCCCGCCCCCUCCUGGGGGUAAAGGCGCCCAAAGAGUUGGGAGGGAAAGGGCAGCGUGUAAGUGGAGUGAUGCAAAGAAUGUGACACGCUUGCAGGUCCUUGUGGGAGAUGUGCAUGCUCCCAGGCGUGUAAAAAUUAAAUAAAUAAAUAGAAAGCACGGUUAUAAGUACAAAUAAUAAUAAUAAUACAAUGUCAGCAAAAGAGACGGUGGUGGUGGGAUCGUUUAAUUCUGAGAGGUCUUAUCGGGGCAUUUCUGGAACGAGAAACAAAAACCCCUUAACAUGUUAGCAGUUGCAAAAGUCUUUGAUUUUAGGAAUACGCCAUCCAUUUUUUCAAUCUGGCCAGGGGAUGACGGGGUGGGGGUGGGGUGGGGGUUUGAAAAAAACUUUUGACAUGUCACUUUUUCUAAAUUGCAUUUUGGAGCACCCAUCAUGAAUGGGUGGCCGCAGGCCAUACACCAGGGGUGAAAUCCAAAACUUUUCCCUACUGGUUCUGUGGGCGUGGCUUGGUGGGCGUGGCAAGGGAAGGAUACUGCAAAAUCCCCAUUCCCUCCCCACUCCUGGGGGAGGGAUACUGCAAAAUCUCCAUUUCCUCCCCACUUCUGGGGGAAGGAUAUUGCAAAAUCUCCAUUCCCGCCCCACCCUUGGGGGAAGGAUAUUGCAAAAUCUCCAUUCCCACCCCACCCUUGGGGGAAGGAUAUUGCAAAAUCUCCAUUCCCACCCCAUGCCAGGGGAAGGAUACUGCAAAAUCCCCAUUCCCUCCCCACUCCUGGGGGAAGGAUACUGCAAAAUCCCCAUUCCCUCCCCACUCCAGGGGGAAGGAUACUGCAAAAUCCCCAUUCCCUCCGCAUUCCUGGGGGAAGGAUAUUGCAAAAUCUCCAUUCCCACCCUACUCCAGGGGAAGGAUACUGCAAAAUCUCCAUUCCCACCCCACUCUGGGGCCAGCCAGAGUGGUAUUUGCCGGUUCUCCGAACUACUCAAAAUUUCCGCUACUGGUUCUCCAGAACCUGUCAGAACCUGCUGGAUUUCACCCCUGCCAUAUACCCAUAUACCAAGAGGGCCCAAUGAAAUCUUUGCUGUGCUUGUGCAACAAGUUAAUCCUGGCUUGUUUACGUUUUAGUUCCUAAAUUGCAAUUGGCAGAAGUUAGCACCUCGCUAAACCACGGUAUGCAAGCGACAAGGGGUGGCUCAUACAAUACAACACCGGAAUCUGAAAACUAUGUUGGCUUGUUGUGCUACAGAAAACAUAGAGAAUGCCUUGUCUGAAAUGGGAUUUCUAACUUUGGGGCUAAGUUGAAAUGUGGCUGGUUACAGUGGUUUAUUGUACAUUUACAUGUUUAUGUAAACUCAGGCAGGAUAGUUUGUGACAGUCCAUGAAUUCACUUAAGGAUGGCUUCAAGAAACCAUGAUGUACAACGGAACAAACCUAGUCUAGAGUUUCCUUUCUCGGUAACAAGAUGGGCAGAUUCUGGGACUAUGUGUCUGGGUCUCUUUUGCAGCCACAUUUUAUUGGCCUCCUUGAUUAUAAAAAAAAAAUGCAUGGAGUGGAAAAUCUUCCAAAGCCCCAUUCAGGUGUCAUUUUGGUCUCCCUAAAUUCAUGGAAAUUGACUUUGUUUCAUAUUAGAUGCACUGCUCCAGCGGAACGGAAAUUGUAGGACAUUACCAAGCCAGCCCCAUAGAUAUUUGGGGCAGGGGAGCUGUGAUGAGGUUUCCAAUGCUAUUUUAGGAAUAUGCACAUAAAACCUAUAGAAAUAAAUAAGCAUAUUUCUCUUUUGAUGCAAAGAAUGUGACCCCCGCUACUGGUUUCCUUGCAUAAAUCGAGACAAUGAUAAAUGGGGAAAGGGAGAGACAAUAGGUACCCUGUUUCAGUGGUGGGUUCCUCCUGGUUCGGUCCGGUUCGGCCGAGCCGGUAGCGGUGACGAUAUGAUGUCACCGAACCGGUUCUCCUCCCCCGCUUACCCACGUUAUUCUUACCUUUUAUUUGGUCCCACCCCCAAUCUAUUGCUGCCUCCUGAGUCCCAGCUGAUGACUAGAGGGAAAAAAACUGUUUAAACUCUUGCCGCGGGGCUUCAAAGGGCCGCCCUACAGCUGAUCAGUGUUAAAAGCAAACAAAUGAGUCAAGUCCUAAGUGCGCGGACUGGUCGUAAGUGUGAGGACCUUCCAGAAAUGACUGACCAGCUAGCCACACCCACCUAGUCACAUGACCUCCAAGUCACACCCACAAAAUAAGCCACGCCCACAGAACCAGUAGUAAAAAAAAUUAGAACCCACCCCUGCCCUGUUUCCCCUAAAAUAAGACACCCCCUGAUAAUAAGCCCAAUUGGGCUUUUGAGUGUAUGGCAAUAAGGCCAAGCGCUUAUUUCAGGGUUCAAAAAAGAUAUAAGAUAUAUCUUAUUUUUGGGAAAACACGGUAGAAAGAAGUACGCUUAUGAACCAAGUUUGGAAGGUUUUUUUUCCUCCCUGUAAGUAAAAACAUAAGGAGGUUGGUAGAGUUAGAAUCUAAAACCACUUACUUGUGAGUAAUCCACAAGUAACCCUUUCGACAGCUGGCAGUUGUUGCUGGAGCACAGCUGAACAAGUAGCUAGAAAAUACUUCCACAGUCUGCAUUUAUGCUUUCCCAAGGGCCCCCCCUCCACCAGAGUUUGAAAUGAAACUUUGUACAUGCUUUGAUGUCUAAUGGAGAUUCUCAGUCCUCCAGGUCAUGGUUGUCCCAAAAGAUGCUUUUUCAGGAGGCAACCGGACUUUCUUGCUUUUUUUUUUCCUUUGAAGACGUUUCACUUCUCAUCCAAGAAGCUUCUUCAGUUCCUCACUCCACCAUCCAGUUAGAGCUGAAGAAGCUUCUUAGAUGAGAAGCGAAACGUCUUCAAAAGAAAAAACCAGAAAGUCCAGUUGCCUCUUGGGGAAAAAAAAAAACAUCUUUGGGACGAUUUGUCCAUGUUUAUUUUGAGGACAGUCGCAAGGGGCAGAAUUAGGCUUUCUUCAGAGUAAACCAGUACAGUCCCAGGUUUCAUGUCCAUUUCCAAUUGCAGUCAUCCUGAGUUUUGAAAGCUUUUAGAUGUAUUUUGGGCAUUGUGGAUGGCCAUAAAAGCAGAGCAUCCAAAAACCACUCUUGAAAUUUUUUUUUUUAUCCCUGUGUAUAUGUUUACUUUGCAAAUAAUAAUAAUGAUGAUAAUAGAGAGAGCGGAUGGGUGGAUUGGUCCCCUCCCCUUUUGUUUCAAAUGCACGCAUUUUCACUUUCCCAGAAAAAAAAAAAAAGUAAAUAACUUUUAAAAGUACAUUUUUAAAAUGUCAUAUAUUGCAACAUAUUGAUGCAUUUGUCAUACGUUUCUACUUAAAUUAUUAAGCACUUAUGGUUUAGCUGUAAUAACUAUAUGUAAGGGUAAAAAUUUAUUUUAGAUAUAAAGCAAAAUUUUAAAAAAAAAUUAAGGAAAAUGGAUGCAAAGCUUUUCUGCAUUAUUUGAUGAGGUGGUGUUUUUUUUUUUCCUGCAAAAAAUAAUAGUAAUAAAAUCCAGAAAGACUUGAAUUCAUUUUAUGUUCCCGACGGGGAAAGUGCAUGUUUCACAUGGAAAAAAAAAAAAGAUUAAGGACUUUUGGUGCAAAAUGUCUUAAGUUCUGUAAAUAGGGAAUCUUCUUUUAAUACAGUACAAAGUGUAAUUUUGUGCCAGUGAAAUGAAGUCUGAAUAGCUACGUGUUUCUUUUCCCCCCACUUUUUCCUUCCCUCCUUUUUUUUUUCCCCCUCGGAAAAAAAAAAAAAGAGAUGAAAACUUUAUAGUUUCCCUGGGAAUGUUGGAUGCUUUGACAAUAAAUGAGUUUAUUUUCUUGCAGAGCA